AAAAAACAGUUGGAGACAGAUGAAAGUAUUGAACGUACCCAAUAUGUCAAAGCGUGGAUGUAGCAAUUUUGCACUAUUUUAGAUAUUUUGUCUUGAUUUGUUUACAUUAAUUUAUAAUCUGUUUAUUAAAAUAAAUCAAUUUACACAUACGGAAAUUAAAGAAUGGUUUCUGAGAGCAAUGAGGAGGAGGUGGUGGUUUGUCGCGCCUGCAUAAGCGAGUGUGUAGAAUACAAGUCGUUGCACAAGCAAGGCAUUUGUAUGGGUGAGGUGCAAACAUUGGCGUCCAUGCUGAGUUUCAUCACAAAUUUGGAUUUCUCAAAUGAUGAUAUUGAAAGUUUUCCUUCAAAUAUCUGUUUACGUUGUGUCCAAAAUGUUGCUAAGACAUAUGCUUUCAAGAAAAUGGUAUUGGACACCGAUGAAGUAUUGCGAAGGCAAUUCGCGGAACUGGACUGUGGAGUUGGGAUAACAGAUGCGGGAGCAGACAGUGUUAUUGAAGACCUUGAAACGGAAUCAGCGGAAUCGGUUGUAGAAGAGCACCAUCUUGAAGUAGAAGAUGUAACCGAUUUGGACGAAACAGAACAUUUGCAUGAAUUGGCCACAGCAGCUCAAUUCAAAAGAUCAGUAGAAAAUAUGGAAUAUGUGUCUUUAACUGUGCUAGACGGAGAUGAUGCAACAAUAUCUAUGGAACAAAUGCAAUGUAAUAUAGAUCAUAACGAACAGAAUUGUGAAGAGGACGAAGUGGUGGUUCAUGAAGUAGCCGAAUCCGAAGAAGUCUAUCAGACAGAUGCCGAAGAAGACGGCAGAAACAAGGAGUAUGAAGAGAUGUACGAAGUUAAAUUAGAUGACAUGUCUCAAAGCGACUGUUCCUUGUUGGAAAUUGCGGAAGGUCACCAAAUACAUAAAAACUUUAAAAGAAUUAGAUCCGCCGAUCAGGAUGGGGAAUGGGAUAUUAGCCUAGAACAGAAAAUAAAACAGCCAACUAAAAUCCGUAAAAAAAGCAAUCAACCUAAGCCACCGAACCCGGAUUUGCAAUGCAAGGUAUGUGGAAAACAACUGAGUAAUCAAAACUCUUUUAAGUAUCAUAUGCAAUUGCAUUCCGAUGCUACACCUUACUUAUGCAGUCUUUGUGGCGAAGGUUUUAAAACUCGUAACGCCUAUGAAGGGCAUAUAGUUAUUCAUGAUCCAAAUAACCCCAAUACAUGUGAGCUAUGUGGCAAAUCAUAUCGGCAAUCAUCCUCUUUGAGAACCCACAUGCUGUCACACACUGGCGAGAGGCCAUUCCAGUGCGAUAUUUGUGGAAAGUCCAUGACACAGAAGUCUGGUUAUAAAAAACACAUGCUAGUGCAUACAGGAGAAAAGCCGCAUACGUGCGAUGUGUGUGGUCGCGAAUUUCGUUAUUCGAGCAACCUAAUUGCGCAUAAACGUUGCCAUUCGGGAGAGAGACCAUACGAAUGUCCCCAUUGCAAACGAGGUUUCCCAACUUCCGAGCAAAUGAAGAGGCAUUCACUAGUACACAGUGGAGAGCGACCUUUUCAAUGUGAGAUCUGUAACAAACGUUUCAAGCGGCGUUCAUCAUUGAUGUCACACCGCCAUACACAUGACUCGGAGCCAGAGUUAAUUGUUGAUCAUAAAGUGUGUAAAUCAAAUGUCGUUGAACUAUAUUAAAUAUAUAUAUUAGAAUAAACUAAAAGGAUACCUUACAUUUCUGUGUAAACAUUUUUAUCAUUUUAGUAUAAAAAUAUUAUAUGUAAAUUAAAAUUGCAUCCAUGUACUGAUCCACAUAAUUCUACUUGUAUCUAUGUAUUUCGAAACCUGGAAAUUGCAAUGUUGCUCAGUACGGAUCUAAUAUAAGUUGUGAAAAAGAUAAAAUAAAUUCAACAACAUUUUUACAAUUGCAUAUUUUAUUUUAUAAGGGUUUGAAAUAAUUAUUUUACAGUUAUUUUUUUAAGAUAAAUUCGUAUGUAUGUACAUAUUUAAACAUUAGCGAUACACAACUUAAAUCGUCGUUUCUACGCUCUAAAAUAAAAUAUAUGUAUGUAUUCUAAAUUAUUUUUCAUUUGUAUUGUGCCUAGGGUAAAAACAAAAAAAUAUGUGUAGCGGUUCAAUGCUACCAUGUAAAAAUUAAUGUAAUACAAUUUAUCACAAAAUGAUUGUUAAAUCAUGAACUCCUUCAAUGCUAUAAAUAGGAAAUACAUAUACAUAUAACGGAUUUGAAAGAAUAAAAACCGUAAAUUAAAGGCCAACUGGUUAUCAUUCUAAAGCAAAGUUUGACAAAAAUUAAAUCGACCCUCUACUUCCAUCAACUGUGACGCA